UUCUUUUCCUUUGUAUGGGAGUUGCACCCCCCUGCAAAUAUCGGUCGCCGAAUCCAACCUCCAACCGCACUUGACAUAUAUUCCACAAAAACAAACAAAUCACUAAAGUUCAAUAAAAUAUUUUGGCUAAAAAAUUCAGUUGAUAACAAUGUAUCUUCAGUAAAUAAAAUAAAUGGUUUUAGCAAAACAAAAACGUUAACAUAAUGGCUACACCUCCGCCGACGCAGUCUCGUAGAUCGGGCGGUGACAGUAAGAAAGUAACGCCGCCAACGUCCAAUAUAGUGACCAGGAAUGGAGCUCGCAAGGCCAAGAUUCAAACUCGAGCAAUGUCCGCCGCAGCUAAGCCUUCAGCAUCCUUAAUAGCAGCUAAAAAGAAGGCUCAACAGAAAAAGAAGCAAAAUCAUUUCGUAAUGGAGAUCAGGGAUCAUUUUCAGAUUGCGAUGGAAUCGAAGACAUUAGUGAAGGGUCCAACCGGAUUUGUCACCGAGCCUCGCAUGGGAGAACACAGGUGCUUGUGGGACGAAAAUUACCCAGAAUGUCCGGAAAGGCUCAUUAGUGUCAUCAAGAGGUGUCAGGAACUGAACCUGGUCCAGCGCUGCAAGCACUUGGAGCCCCGCGCGGCCACCAAGGAGGAGCUCUGCGUGCUACACGCGCCCUCCGUGUACGAAAUGUUAGAGACGACACACGGAAACGACGACGCCGCGUAUUUGGAAGAGCUCUCAUCGAAAUUCGACGCUAUUUAUAUUCAUCCAAGCACGCACGAGUUGGCGCUGAUAUCGGCCGGCUCGACCAUCGACAUGGUGGACAGCAUCGUGUCGGGUGAAGUCCAGAACGGCGCGGCCUUCGUGCGGCCGCCGGGACACCACGCCAUGCACUCGGAGCCCUGCGGCUACUGCUUCUACAACAACGUCGCUUUGGCCGCCAAGCACGCCUUGGACAAAAGGGGUCUGCAAAGGAUACUGAUCGUGGACUGGGACGUUCACCACGGACAAGCCACACAGCAGAUGUUCUACGACGAUCCCAGAGUGGUAUACUUCUCGAUACACCGCUACGAGCACGGCUCGUUCUGGCCCCAGCUGCGACAGUCCGACUUCCACUACGUCGGCAGCGGCGCCGGUAAAGGAUACAAUUUCAAUGUGCCCCUCAACAAAACCGGGAUGAAAGACGGAGACUAUUUGGCCAUCUGGCACCAGCUGCUUCUGCCCAUGGCCUACGAGUACCAGCCGGAGUUGAUCAUAGUAUCUGCAGGAUACGACGCGGCCAUCGGAUGUCCCGAGGGAGAGAUGGAGGUGAGUCCGGCGUGCUACGCGGUCCUGCUGCACGCGCUGCAGUCGGUGACGUCGCGCGUGUGCGUGGUGCUGGAGGGCGGCUACUGCCUGACGUCGCUGGCCGAGGGGGCCGCCCUCACGCUGCGGACGCUGCUGGGCGACGCGCCCCCCAAACUGGAGCCCCCCACGCCCCCCUGCGACUCAAUCCGCGACACGAUACUGGACUGCAUAUACGCGCACAGACAGUACUGGAGCUGCUACAGCUACCAGCCCGCGCGGGGGGACCGCCACGAGGUGCUCGUGCGGUGGCGGGGCGACGAGACGCGCCCGUCGCGCUUCGCCACCCGGGACUGCUACCCGACGCAGGACGAGCCCACCCGCCGGGCCCUCGAGGACAGACUCGACCACUUGCGAGCGGUGACGGAUCUGACGUCACCGACCCACGCGGUCGGUUACGUGUACGACGAGGCGAUGCUGAAGCACAGGAACGUGGUCGAACCAGGCCACGUCGAAAGUCCGGAGCGUAUCAUGAGGAUCCACGAGCGACAUCGGGACUUCGGUCUGCUGGAGAGGCUGCACCGGCUGCCCGGCCGCGCCGCCUCCGACCAGGAGAUACUGAGCGUGCACUCCGACAAAUAUUUGGACAGGUUAAAGGAGCUGGCGUCGACGAAGUUGCGGGACCUGAAUAACCAGAAGGAGGAGUACGACUCUGUGUACUUUCACCCGGAGUCGCUGUCCAGCGCUGCUGUGGCGGCCGGCUGCGUGCUGCAGGCGGUGGAGGCGGUGGUGUCGGGGCAGUGCGGCGCCGCCGCGUGCGUGGUGCGCCCGCCCGGACACCACGCCGCCCGCGCCGCGCCCGCCGGCUUCUGUCUGCUCAACAACGCCGCGCUGGCCGCCCGCGCCGCCCACCGCGUGCUGCUGCUCGACUGGGACGUGCACCACGGGAACGGCACGCAGGCGCUCACCUACACCGACGACCAGAUACUGUACAUAUCGAUACAUCGUUACGACCACGGCUCGUUCUUCCCGCACUCGAAGGACGCGGACUACACGGCCGUGGGCACGGGGCGGGGCGAGGGCUACAAUAUCAACAUACCUUGGAAUAAGCGCGGCAUGGGUGACGCGGAGUACAUGGCCGCCUUCACCCAGGUCGUGCUGCCGAUAGCUCACGAGUAUAAUCCGGAUCUGGUGAUCGUGUCAGCGGGGUUCGAUGCCUGCGUGGGAGACCCACUGGGAGGUUGUAAAGUAACUCCGGAGUGCUACGGCCGCAUGACGCAGCUGCUGCGAGGGCUCGCCGGAGGUCGGGUGGUGCUCUGUCUAGAGGGCGGCUACAACACCACCGCCAUCUCCUACGCCAUGACCAUGUGCACCAAGGCCCUGCUGGGAGACCCCAUACUGCACCACUACGAACCGAGGACCGCCUGCCACUGGUCCGCCGUCGAGACCAUAAACAACGUCAUCAGCACGCACAAGAAGUACUGGAAGAGCCUCGCCUUCCAACUCGCUCUGCCGUCUGAGGACGUCCUCCAGCGGCCGGCGCCGUCGCGAGGCCUGUCCGACCUGUCCGACGCGCUGUCGUCUUCAUACGAGGACACCAAGUCGGACUCCAAGAGCGGCAGUCAACUGGACACUUCCCUGGAGCACAACAUGGCCAACCUCAGUCUGAACAAAUGUGGAGACGGCGUGCACUGCGGCACUGACGACGAGGACGAGGCCGGCGACACCGCGUCCAAUUCUAAUCCGGAAUCGACUGGCAAUACCAAGAGUUUAGUGGAUUACUUGUCGGAGAACAUGCAGGCGCUCGUGGAGGGCGAGAUGUUCGCCGUGGUGCCGCUGGGCUGGUGCCCGCACCUGGAGGCGCUGUACGCCAUCCCCGCCGGGGUCCGCUUCCAGCAGGGACUCCAGUGUGUCGACUGCGAACACACCCUGGAGAACUGGGUGUGUCUGCACUGCUACAUUACGGCGUGCGCGCGCGGCGUGAACGCUCACAUGCAGGCGCACUGGGCGGCGAGCGGGCACGCGCUGGUGCUGUCCCUGCGCGACCUGUCCGUGUGGUGCUGCGCGUGCGACGCCUACGUGGACCACCCGCUGCUCUACGACGCCAAGAACAACGCGCACCGCUGCAAGUUCGGCGAGGACAUGCCGUGGUGCUACGCCGCAGACGCCGUAGAGAUGCACUAGCCCCGCCGCUCAUAUCGACGCUUGAAAGGCAAACGUGACUAAGCAACAAUAAAUGGUUUGUACAUAAAUGAUAGGCAAUAACGAUAUUCAAUGCGCAAAAAAUAUAUAUUUCUAGGUCUAUUAAAAUUAUUUCAAUCCUACAGCUAGAUUCGUUAAAAUAGAUUUUUUUCAGGUAUUUCAACUUUAAAUUAGUCUACUGUAAAGUUUACGCAUUGUCGCUUAGUCACGUUUGCCUUUUAAGCGUCGAUACAGGGUGUGCAACUGUCAAACUAAUCUGAAGCGAACGAAAAAAAUGUAUGGUAAUCAUAUAACGCAAAACUGUACAGUUGGGCUGUGCACGGCGUCAGCCACAGGACCGCUACAUAUCUUCGUUUCUAGAAUCGUCUUUCAAAUAUCUAAACAAAAAUGGCGCUGGUCGCUUUGUUCCAUACGUGUUAUAUUCACAGCCAUCUAACCUACUUACUAAAUCAGACCGUUAUAUAAUUUAAUUAAAAUAUCAAUCUCAUGGCUAUAACUAUUGGCUCCGGUGAAUACUUCACACCAAGUAACCCUAGCACUCAUUAACCUACGCAAUAAAUAAAAGUUAAAAAAAUCAUUAUGUAUUUUAAAUGUUUUGUACUGUACCACUGAAACACUUUUGCGGCUCUCUGUACAACUAAAAGUCUCUGAACUUAAAAGGCGAAUUUACAUUACGAAAUUGGUGGCAUGAAAUUAAUUUCGUGACAUUAGUUUUAACAACAGUUUCACGUAUAAUUUAAUAGUUUCGUAAUGCAUGCAUUAAUUUCAUGCAUGCAAAUUAGUUUCGUGCCCUGCGCGAUUUUUUGGUGAAAUUAGUGUCAGCAACUAAUUUCAUAGUGUAGACGCGACGUGAAACUAAUGUCGCGAAAGGGCCUGCGCUGUGCGGACGUGUGUAUUGUUAGUUCGGACGCGCUUCAAGCGUUGAAAAUGGCAAACCAACGAUGGAGUACAGAAAAAUAAAAUAUCUUAUUAAUGAAUAUCAGUGUCAAGGGUGUCUCUGGGACCCGAAACACCUACAGUAAAAAAUUAAAAUUAUCUUCACUCAUUCGAAAAUAAUUUUUAUAACUCUCAGGGUCUUCAUCUGCUAAUUCAGAGACUAACUUCAUUGCACCUAAAUGCCUUGUUGACCAUCCUCGAAUCUACCAACGUCUUUUUUUUCUUGAUAGACUUUUAAGUUUAUAGUUAGGUAUAUAAGCAUUUCUUUAUCUACAUUGAAUAUAGCAAAUUAUAGCUUUGAUGCUAACGGCGCCAUGGUUACUGCGAUAUUGUGGAUUUCGCGACACUAAUUUUUUAACGAAAUUACUUUCGCAUAUAUCGAAACUACUUUCGUGAAACUGAGCUCAACAUGCAUGACACUAAUUUCGUAAUGUAAAUCCCGCAUAAGUAACACUGAAUCGUUUGCUGGUGUCCAGUGCAGCCAGCACAGCGCUCUUUGUGAAUUUUGAUUCUCGUCUCGGGAUCAAUUCCAAUGCCUCUUGUUGUUGUAUACAGGGUGUGCUAAAACCCAACUCGAUGACUCCGGUAAAUUAAAAAUGCCGAAAAAACCGAUUGAUUUUCCAUGAACAAUAUGCAGUAUGGUAAUUACUACUCCUACUACUAGAAAAACUGUGAAAUAAAAUUGAAUAACAAGAAGUUAACAUUUCCGUAACAAAUAUAUAGUAUACUUAGAUAUAUACUAGUACUAAUUAUACUACUGCCUCUAUAUGGUACUAUCCUUACUUGAAUUUAAAUAUUUUUAAAAUUAAAGAAUAUGUACCAAACUGGGUUUUCGUCACAUUAUAAACACCCAAUAUAGUGAUGUGUAAAAACACGCAAAAAGAGUUUUGUAAUUAUUUAUAGGUUAAACUCACAUAUUAGAAAAUACUUUAAUCAAUUUAAAACAAUAUAGAAAUACUAUAUCUGUAUACUAAUUGUUCCUAAUGAUAGUAAAUUAUGUUUAUAUUUUUACUAAUUGUAAUUUUCAUUGCUUUAAAUUGCGGGUUAUAUAAUAUAUAAUAGUGAGUGUCUAUCUAACUGGAAACAUUGUAACGCUAAAUAAUUAAAUACAUACAUUAAAAACUCGAAAUUGGAGGAUGAGGUUUACAAAUUGUUUUUUUUUAUUGCUUAGACAGGUGAACGAGCUCACGGCUCAGCUGGCGUUAAAAGGUGACCGGAGCCCAUAGACAUUAACAACGUGAAUGCCACCACUAACAAUUUUAAGAUGCGAGUUUUAAGUAUCAGUUUUUACCUGCACAACAGCAACCCCACCCUUCAAACCGGAACGCAUUACUGCUUCGCGACAGAAAUAAGCGGGGUUGUGGUAACUACCCGCGCGAGCUUACAAGACGACCCAUCACUAGCAAGUUGUAUGAUUAUGUAUAUAGUAUAAGAUUUUUUGUGAAAAUGUGUUCAUAGAGUAGAAAGUCACGAAAGAAAACAAAGAAUACAAAAGGCGAUCUUUGUAAAAAUUAGGCCCCGACCUCAAACUUGAUAUUAUGGUUCAAUUUACGAGAAACAGCAUCAUCACAAAAAUAACAUACUAGAACUAUCGUAAUACCCGAAAUUAACAAUAGAUAUGUUAAUUUUGUUCAGAAAUGUUAUUUAUAAUUUAAUUAACAUGAAAAAAAUGUAGAAAUAUAAAUCUGUUUUCAUUUUUUUUUAAAGCGACUUGUGUCCGUGAAUUUUUGCAAAAUUGCCUCUUAGUGCCAAGAGUUUAUCGAAAUCGCUUUUUUUGUGGAUGGAAGGACCGCGGUCGGCCCGCUGAGGGCGCAUGGGUCAUUCAAUUGCAUUAUCGACGAAAUACGUACAGUUGUCCGCAUCUACGGCACAGUAGUCUGCAGUGUGGUUCUGUUAACCGUUACAGUGAUGCCUAGUGCGCUUGUAGGGUGAGUGAGGCAGCCGUUGUAACUAUACUGACACCUUAGAACUCAUAUCUCAAGAUGGGUGGCUUCAUUUAUAUUAUAGAUGUCUAUGGGCCGGUGACCACUUAGCACCAGGUGGGCUGUGAACUCGUCCACCCAUCUAAGCAAUAAAAAAAACUUGGACGCAAUUAAAUAUGCAAGAUAUCUCUUAUAAAAUUCUAUGCAAAUCAAUACAAAAUAUUAAAGCAAAAAGAAAGCCGACUUCGACAAAUAAAAUGUGAGUAUUAUCGUACAUUACUUAAAGAGGAUUAAAUAUGCAUUAUUAAAGAUAUGACUCAAAAAUAACUAUUCAGAUCUUGAUAAAAUUGUAAUGGAAUCGCACUAAAAAUACCAGCUUCCAAAUAAUAACUUUAAAAAAAAGAAUGAUUAAAAUCAGUUCACCUAGGAUAAAGUCGAAUCGAUAGCCUCCCCUCCUUUUUUUUAAGUCUGUAGAAAAUCAUUUGUGUAUUAAACUUUUGUGUCUCUAAUAACUAAUUAGAAGAUAAUUUUCUUAAUAAUUGAAAUUUAUAUUUUGAUAUUUGUUUAUUUUGCAAUACGACUGUUAUGUAUUGUCUGUUGUGCGUAUUGUGUGAAAUACGUUUAAGGCACUGAUUACAUAUCACAAAUGUUUUGAUAUAGUAUAAUAUAUAUUUGAUAUGUUAUAAAGAUGUAUAUGAAAUUUGUGAUUGUUACUAAUGUAUGCUUUUAUAUAAAUGCGUUUAUCGUAUUUAAUUAUUUAUAAUAGGAAUGGAAAUAUCUACAUUUUCAAUAGUUUGAGAAGUCUUUGUGCUUAUUGUGUGUUUUUUAACGUUCUCGAUAACGUAAAAGUUAACUCAAAUUGGUAUGGAGUUGGAACGUUCGCCUACGUUUGCCGCUAGGGGCGCUGUUCCAACUUCAUAAAAAUUUGAGUUAACUUUUACGCUAUCGAGAACGUUAAAAAACUCGCACUAAGCACACAGGAGUGCUUGCGGUCGGCAGCUAGUAGACAAUGUAUGUAUUUGCAUUCUUAAGUCAUAGUUUACAUCAACUGAGUGCUCGUAUGUCAGUUUAUUAUCACAUUUUAAUGAUAAUAAAAACUUCAUUUAAUAAUGUUUAUUUGCAUGAUUUAUUAUUUGUAACACCUUCAUGCAGGCUUUAUUGAAAUUAACCUAAUAACUGGUACAUACAUAAUGUUAAUAAUUUGAAUAUUUUGUGCAGUGUACCCAUAUUAAAAAAAAUAUGUUUCGAUGUUGUGUAGAUUUCCCGCUCUCUGUCAGGUGUCAAUGUAAAAAGUUUCUUAUAGGCCGCCUUUAUGUACUUUUUAACUUUAUUUAUUUGAACGUAAUGGAUUAAAUUGACGCAUUAAUUUAUUUGAAUAAUAAAGACAUGGUUAAAGAUAAACAGGUUAUAAUUUUUUUUAUUUAAGAAAUCCAUAAAUUGUAAAGCGUCCUAUAUUUAAUUACAGCUACAACAGAACAGAA